AUGCCGAGGUAUGUGAAUGGAGAAGCCGCCAUAGAAAUUCCGAUGGAUCUUUCUAUAGCUCUGAUUCUGGCUGGAGAGAGAGAGCUCGCGCAGACAAAAGAGCUUUUACGAAGAUUGAUGGACUGCCCAGAUGCCUCCUAUUUGAAAGGAAGGGCCAGCCCUUGGGCUAUCAACGCUUUCAGCUUGCAAGUUAAGACCUCCGCGGCUAUAAUGAACAGAGAAGGGGAAAGCGGGUCGCCCUGGCGAAGGCCCCUGGAUGAUUUAAAGAAACACGUCGCUUCCCUAUUAAUCAGAACCGAGAACCAGACACUUGCCCAACUUGACGUCGGGAUUCUCGCCAUGGAUAUCUACUUCCCUCCUACAUGUGUUCAAUACGAAGCUCCGGAGGAUCAUGAUGGUGCAAGUAAAGGGAAAUACACUAUUGGACUUGGGCAAGAUUGCAUGGCCUUUUGUAUGGAGUUGGAAGAUGUCAUUUCCAUGAGCUUGACAGUUGUUACUUCCCUUCUUGAGAAAUAUGGGAUUGACCCAAGACAAAUUGGUCGCCUGGAAGUGGGCAGUGAGACUGUGAUAGACAAGAGCAAAUCCAUAAAGACUUGGCCGAUGUAAAUCUUUGAGGAAUUGGGGAAUACGGACAUCGAAGGAGUUGAUUCAACAAAUGCAUGCUAUAUUGGAACUGCAGCUUUAUUCAACUAUGUAAAUUGUGUGGAGAGUAGCUCUUGGGAUGGAUGCUAUGGACUUGUUGUUUGCACUGACAGUGCGGUCUAUGCUGAAGGGCCAGCCCGGCCCACCAGAGGAGCAGCUGCCAUUGUAAUGCUGAUUGGACCAAAUGCCCCAAUAGCAUUUGAAAGCACAUAUAGAGGGACUCACAUAUCUCAUGUUUACGACUUUUACAAGCCCAAUCUUGCGAGCGAAUACCCGGUUUGCCUCCUCUUAUGCUUUUAUUUAUGUUGUGUGUUUUUACAAAGCAUGAUGCAUGGACCUCAUGAUGCCUUGGUUUAUGAUAAAUAUUCAAAUUAUCCUGUAUCUAUAUCCAGAAGGUUUGCAUUGUGUGUAUCUAGUUCUUAGUACGCAAGACAUUCGAUGGAAUUAUUAUGAUUUUGCUGUUCA